GCCGGAAAUUAAUGUUUAACUCGGGGCUGAAGGCCUAAGGCCUUGGAGACACGUGUGUCUCAGCUGCCGGGUCAGAGAACCCUGGCCGCUUCCCUGCGUCCCACCCCCCCGAGCCGCAGGUCCUGGGCGGUGAGGAGCCUCGCGUCCCCGCAGGAGCAGGAAGCCGGCCGUCAGCAUGGACGCGAGCGAGUUCCGGAGGAGAGGCAGGGAGAUGGUGGACUACAUCGCCGACUACCUGGAGGGCAUCGAGGGGCGCCAGGUCUUCCCCGACGUGCAGCCCGGCUACCUGCGCCCCCUGAUCCCCAGCUGCGCCCCCCAGGAGCCGGACACGUUCGAGGACAUCAUGAAGGACGUGGAGAGGGUCAUCAUGCCCGGGGUGACCCACUGGCACAGCCCUCACUUCUUCGCCUACUUCCCCACGGCCAACUCCUUCCCGGCCCUCCUCGGUGACAUGCUCAGCGGGGCCAUCGGCUGCAUCGGCUUCUCCUGGGCCGCGAGCCCGGCGUGCACGGAGCUGGAGACGGUGAUGCUGGACUGGCUCGGGAAGAUGCUGCGGCUGCCCGCGCCCUUCCUGACUGAGAGCGGCGGCGGCGAAGGGGGCGGCGUCAUCCAGGGCAGCGCCAGCGAGGCCACGCUGAUGGCCCUGCUGGCCGCUCGGAGCAGAGUGACCCGCCGCCUGCAGGCCGCCCGCCCGGGGCUCACGGACGCCGCCAUCCUGGAGAAGCUGGUGGCCUACUUCUCAGACCAGGCCCACAGCUCCGUGGAAAGAGCUGCAUUAAUCGGAAGCGUGAAAUUCAAGGCCAUCCCUUCUGACAACAAGUUCACCAUGCGCGCGUCCGCCCUGCAGGAGGCGCUGGAGAGGGACAAAGCGGCCGGUCUGAUCCCUUUCUUCGUGGUGGCGACCCUGGGGACCACGUCCUGCUGCUCCUUCGAUUGCCUCCCAGAGCUGGGGCCCGUCUGUAACAAGGAAGACCUGUGGCUGCACAUCGACGCUGCGUACGCCGGCAGUGCCUUCAUCUGCCCCGAGUUCCGGCACCUUCUCAACGGCGUGGAGUUUGCAGAUUCCUUUAAUUUUAACCCCCACAAGUGGCUCCUGGUGAAUUUCGACUGCUCCACUAUGUGGGUGAAGCGGAGAUCGGACCUGAUCGGCACCUUCAAGAUGGACCCCGUGUACCUGAAGCACAGCCACCAGGACUCAGGGCUGAUCACCGACUACAGGCACUGGCAGCUGCCGCUGGGCCGCCGGUUCCGCUCCCUGAAGAUGUGGUUCGUCUUCCGGAUGUACGGCGUCGCGGGGCUGCAGGCCUACAUCCGCAAGCACGUGCAGCUGGCUCACGAGUUUGAGUCCUUGGUGACCCAGGACCCUCGCUUCGAGAUCUGCACGGAGGUCACUCUGGGGCUGGUCUGCUUCUGCCUGAAGGGUUCCAACCAGCUGAACGAAGCUCUCCUGGAGAGGAUAAACGCCGCCAGGAAGAUCCACUUGGUGCCCUGCCACCUGAGGGACAAGUUCGUGCUGCGCUUCGCCAUCUGCUCCCGCACGGUGGAGUCUGCGCAUGUGCAGUCGGCCUGGGUGCACAUCCAGGCGCUGGCGACCUCGCUGCUGGGAGCGCGGCGGGAGUGCGGGUCAGCGCCGCCGGGGGGCGCUGCAGAGAUCUAAAGUUGAAAAGACGUACGUCUGAAAUCUGCAUGGAGAAGAAGACAAGCACUGUCCCAGCUCCGCGGAAGUGUGCAGCUUCACGCCGCUCUCCAGAGUUACCCAGAAGCUUGUGAUUGUGUAUCUUCAGUCUCUCGCCAGUGAAGAAACCUCAUCUGCUGCAGGAGGCCUGGAUUCCAGUGGAUAUAGGCUUUGUUCGUCACUUGGCUGUGCUGUCUGCUGAUUAGAAAAAUCGGUGGUUUGUGGUCCUGACGUCACCCGUGGUGGGAAAGCUUAUUGAAAUGUUUCCCAGGGCAGUCUGUGGACAUGGGACAGGAGACUGUCCCUGUGGCCUUUCCCUCGCUCUGUCACGUGGCUCAGUGCUUAAUAAACCAUCUGCAGUGCAGUGGCC